CUCCCCCCCUGCUUCAAAGACUCUGAUGGACAAGGGUUCACGAAAGCUCAGCCUGGCAUCGGUGGUUCCAGUUCACGAGGAGGGACUUGCUGUGAGCCACCCAGCUGUGCAGGCACAGCAGAUGGAAGAAGAGCCACAGGUCAGCGGCAUACUUCGCUGGCUGCAGACGAGAGAUAGGCUGCAGAAUGGCCUCUCUUUUUGCGUUUAUGCGUGCGUAGGUGACACGAGCAUCUGUGAGUGCUGGGGCGGCAUCUGCAGCCACGCCAGCUGCUUCUGCUCAGCAUGACGAGGGGCGACGGCGGUCGUCCGUCGAGGGCUACGUGGGGCUGCCUCCUGACACUGUCACUGACCAUGAACCGCCUGCAAGACAACUUGAAGAGGUGCAGUUGGCAAGCAGGCACCCACGUUUCGAGCAAUGCGUCUGUGUCCGGUGUUGUGGCCUGUAUGCAGGCUCACAUAGUAUCGUUUCCGGCCAUGUUGGAAAGGCAGACGACAACGGAGAUCGACCUGGUGAAGCUGGUGGAGGGUGCCAUCGAAUCGAACAACCUGGCCCAGCUCAAGAAGGUCGUCAACAGCCUCUCGGACGAUGAGGCGGAGAAGGUCUUCGCAUCAGCGGUGUUCUCGGACUCGUCCCGUGACGAGUACAGCACCGCCACGCACAUGAUCGCUGGUGUGAGCGGCGGGCUCCUGGCCCCACGAAUUCGUCUUCCAUGCCACCUAUCCCCCAUUUCUGCGUCCUCCAUUUCUCUUCACGUGUGUCUGUCUUUCAGCAAAGGGUCGGGUGGAUAUGCUGGAGUGGUUGCUGAAGGGAUGGCUGCACUACCUAAGGAUGGAAGACCAGGUGGGCAGGGAGCCGCCGGCGCUGCCUUCCUGGCUGUCUGUCCGUAGUAUAUGCACCCUUUUGCCCUCGAUCAGAAUGGCAAGACGCCUCUCCACGUGGCGGCCAAGGAGAACCAAAUUGCCAUUGUUGAAAAGAUUGUGGACAUCUUGGGAUCACAUGAGUUGGAGGCACAGGACGAGGUGCGUGACUUGGGGCUAAAGGGAAGCGACAGACACGCACAUGUGCUUCUGGCUGGCUGGCUGGCUGGCUGGCUGGGUGGGUGGCUGGAUGUAGUUUGGCAGGACGGCCCUCGAGAUCGCUGCAGGUAGGUACGUAGGUACAAGAAGUGUCCCAUGUCUCAAUGAACAAGAGUAGGGCCAUAGAUGCAUUCCCCGUGUGGAUGUAUCCAGGCAGCGGGAGCGUCAAGAUAGUGGAGGUGAUGUUGCAGAUGAACCCAGACCUCAUCAAGAUAACAAACAACGUAGCACGACCCAACAACCAGUCUUGUCCAUGCUCGCGGAUGUGUGCAUUCAUGCAGCUUGGCCAAGUCCCCUUGCACGUUGCAGCCGAGAGGAAUCAGACGGAGGUAGUCGACAAAAUCGUGGAGAUGCUCGGUGCAUCCGUACUCGACACAAGAAACGAGGUACAGUGUGAGUGAAUCGCACGCCAAUGACUCCUCUUGGUCUCUCGCCCCUUUCUCCAUCAGGACGGGUCCACGGCACUUCACUCUGCCGCAGGUGCAGCAACAGACGAUCGCACAGAACAUCAAAUGACAUGGUGUAGUGGAUGUGGACGCCUUAUUUUGUUCUCUCCGGCAGCCAAGGGCAACACGAGCAUGGCUGAGGUCUUACUCAAAGUCAAUCCAAAGCUGUCACAGGCCACUAACGACGUAUAGCCGGGCAGCAGAGGCAACAUACAUCAGCUGAACUGCUUAUGCUCCUGAUGCUGUUCUUAUCUUUUGUCCAGGUCAACGCUACGGCCUUUCACAUGGCGGCUGCCGGGAACCACCAUCCUGUGGUUCAGCAGAUGCUGGACAUGUGCAGCGCUCGCGACCUCGCAGUGCAAGACCGAGUAAGUACAUGUGACAACACACACAUGCCCGUGAUCAUCCAGAAAUCGAUCGCUUCUCCAUUGAUUGCUGAAUAAUGUGCUGAUGCAGGAUGGCUUUACAGCUCUCCAUACUGCAGCACGUGACCCUUCUGACUGACGAGACACACAUCAAAGGCUGCCAUGUCCCUUGUCUCAGAGUUCGGUAGCGUGGAGGCCUUUGAGACCCUAUACAAGGCAGCACCCGACCUGCUCAAGACCAAAGACAAGGUCGCCCUCUCUCGCCACAGACAUACUCAUUGUAUACUGACCUGCGUGCAUGUUCAUGCCAUGUGUCUCCUGGUUCUCUGCCUGCAUACAUGGAUGGGCACACAAAUAGGAGGGAGAGACGCCGAUCCAUUUGGCGGUCAAGAGGGGCCAGCCCAAGGUGAUGGAGAGCAUCGUGUCAACAGUGGGUCCCGACGCCUGGGACGUCACCAACGAGGUGGUUGGCCACAUCACAUGCCAAGACAUGGUUCACGCAUACAUGACAGACAUCCAUUGACACUUCUGCAGAGUGGGGACACGAUCAUGCACAUCUUGGCAAGUGAGUGGAGCAAUGUGGUGCUACAGAUACACUCACAUGCGGCACCUCCUGUGUGUAUGUCGCCGCCUCUCUGCAGACAAGGGGACCGUCGAAUUCGUCAGUAAGCUGGUGGACGAGAGGCCAGAGCUGCUCAAGAUGCAAAACAAUGUAAGUAUCAUCAUCCAAGCAUGCACACAUCUGCGAGUUCGAUCGUUGAUGAUUGGUGUCAGGACGGGGAGAUUCCCCUCCACAUGGCAUCGAGUGAGGCCUACGGCACAAGUACAUGAAUGCCAUCUUCCGCUGCGUUUUGUCUACAGUCCGCGGCAGGUUGGAGAUAUGUGACAUGAUGCUUAAAAAAAGACCCACACUGCUGCAAAUCAAGGACAAGGUCAGUAUACCAGACCUGUCUCAUCAGACUGUCUCAUCCUUCCCCUCUUUCAUUUCUCGCAGCAUGGCCAGACCCCCCUGCAUUCUGCUGCCCGCGCCAAGCGUCCAGACGUUGUGGAGAAGAUGUACGAGCUGGCGGGCGAGGUGAUACUGCGGAUGCUCCAGUCAUUCGACCAGAUCAAGUCGUUGCUGGCCACGGAGGGUUUCGUCAAGGCCCUACCUUUACUGCGGCACAUGGUGGUCAAGGCCAUGAAACAGUCAGAGGAGUCACCCUGCCUGGCACCGCUGCGGCUCUGCAUGGACCUCAGGAGGGCCAUCGAGGCCAGACAAAGGGACUCAUACACCAAGUAACCGACAAGGCCCACGCAUACGCCCAACCAAAGCCACACCUCAUCUCCUGUGCAGCGACAUAGCUGAUAUGGCCGACUGGCUUGAGGCGUUUGCCGCGACUGCGUGUGCCGACAUGAGCGAGUGGGAGUUCAUGCAGUCACUUGAGAAUCACGAAAGGGUCUUCUUCAAAUACCUUGACGAGGCAGAGGCACUGCAAGUCGUCACACAACGUAACGUCCUAUGCCCAGACAGACAUGUCUCGUGCUGGUUGUGAUCUGUCUGUGUCUGUGUGGAUGGGUCGCUUUGUGGUGCAGCCAACAGCAUCCGUUUGGUCAAGGAUUGGUGGCGGAAGUCGUAUGUGUGGGUGGACCUGGGCUACAAGCGCCACAGUGUCAAGAACAGACUAUUCCUCUCCCCACGCAUCGCAUUCAUGAGCAGACUCACAGCCAUGAUCGUACUGUAAGUAAGCACCACACCAUACAUACAUACAGACAGACAGACACGCAGCGCGGCCCACGCGUAGCAUGUACUCCCUCUUGCUCUAUAUGUGUCUGUUUGUUUGAUUGCAGGAUAGUGUUUGUGUUGCUGCAUGCGGAGACCGUCAAACGAAGCAAUGACGAGCGGGGAGGCACCGACCUGUGGGUGUGGGGCAUCGUCAUCAUGGGAUUCGGAUUCCUCGCACAAGACAUCAUGCAGGUAAGUACCCACCCAUCCCAUGGAGCCACGAAGGGGAGUCGGGGCGGGAAGCGAUGCAGUGCUUUAUUGCCUGUUGGGUGUAGAUGGUGCGUUUGUCCAAGGUAUACUGGAGCGAGUACUGGCGAUACAUGGAGUUGGUCAGUUCGCUGGCGACGUUUCUCUUCGUGGUGUCUCAUUUCGUGGACGACUCGUCUGACCUGACAGUCAGCUCACUGUCGCUGGUCGGCCUGCUGUUCGCACUCAGACUACUGCAGAUAGCCACACUCAGCUCAUCCACGGGACCACUCAUUCUGUAUGUGGGACGACAACACGCAGCCAUUCGUUCACGCACACAGUGGAUGCAAGCGUGGUGUUCGUGUGGGUGUUGUUCCAGUUCAGUGGUGAAGAUAUUCUCUGACAUCAGCAUGUUCCUGCUCCUCUUUGCGUACGUGCUGCUGACCGUCGCCGCCACACUCGUGACGCUGUCUUCCCAUGAGAACUACGAACACUUUGGCUCAUACGGCAGGGCCAUACUCUCUCUGUAAGGCGGGCAAGAAAGGGCAAAAGACAGAUGGCUACUAAAAGACUUAAGCAUUCGUUAAUCUUCACCAACGGGCAGGUUCUACGCCGUGUUGGGGUCAUUCCAGGUGAAGCGUGCUGGUCAAAGGAUAUGUGUGCGCAGGGGUGUUUUGUCGCUCAGGAGCCGCUGGAUAAUUCGAUCGAUAACGAGUUUGUGCUGACGGCUAGCCUGCUGUGCCUCUUUCUCAUACUCGCACCCAUCAUCCUCGUACGCACAUGACACAUCGAUGGCAUACCACACACGCUCACCUGACUCUGCAUCUGCGUCCCCCCUUCAUCUGUCACACAGCUGAGCGUCUUGGUCGCCAUCAUGGUGAGGAGCAAGCUGCACACAUGGCUGACGCGUCCUGUACAUGGGUAUCCUUCAUACAGGCGUCUACGUGGGGCUCGAUCGCACAAUACCAAAACGCGCAGUACCAGCUCAUACGCAUCCGCAUACUCAACGAGUAUUUGGUGAGCAUACUUCACAGCAGUGCUGAUAUGCUUGAUCUCCUCCCCCUCCACCUCGCCCAAUUGCGUCUGUGUUCUUGUAUGAUCACGACACGACAGCUCAUGCCCUCAUAUGAGCGACUCCCGCCCCCAUUCUCUAUCUUGGGUGACACACGAUACUCAGAACCAUCGACGCAGGGAACCUUGCACCUUCACUGUCUGUUUGUCUCUUGUCUGUCUGUCUGUCUGUCUGUCUCUCGGUCACUCCGAUGGAUCAUGCAGCUGUGUUGGUGCUGGCUCCCUUGCGGCAUUUAGCGUGGCGCAUCGGGGCCAUUGUAAGGGAGCAGCCAAUUAGCGACGCAAAGCAGAAUCGAGCGUCGGUCUUCACGGCCACGCCCGCCUCCCGUCCGCACCGGCAGACCAAGAGCAGCCGCCCAUCCAGCCGAUUCAGACACAGCGUCACGCGGAUGCUCAACAGAGUGUCGAUAUUCGACAUAUCCUUCAGAACCGACGCGAGAACAAGGUGGCGCAGCACACUGAUGCAGCCGAUGCGGCGGCACAUGAGGCUGACAGGCUACUCGUGGCUGUCGAUGAGCUACUGGGCCAUCUUCAUUGCCACCCUCAUGAUCGAGACACUCAUGUACAGUGUGGCCAUGACGCCCCUGCUGGUGGUGGCGGCCAUGUGGGAGACCCUCGUGGGGUUGCUGCCGGUGGGGAAACACAGGCUGGUGGACUGGAGAGAUCUGCUGCUGUUCCCUUACUUGCCCUUCCUCGCACCCGUCCUCAUCUUCUACUCUGUGCUCGAGGAACAAAGGAAGGUACACACAAAGAGGGGGGGGGUGAAUGGAUGGAUGCGUGGCGUGCCGACUGGCUGCCAGGCUCAGGUUGAAAGGGACCGUGACAUGGACGCCAAGCGGGAGAGGGAGGCCGAGGAAGCGAAGGAGAAGACAAGGAUGACCUUCAAUUUGGUGGCCACCAAAGACCUCGCGCUCAUCGGCACCCCUCGGCCGAGCAAGUGGGCGCGUUACAUUGACAACUGGAGCGAGACGGUCGAUGCCCGCAAGGCAGAGACGCAAGACGUCAUGGCUGGUGCGUGACAUGAUACAUGUCUCACUCGACAUUCCCAUUUUGGUGCCUGCAGCCUUUAACAAGCUGUCAGCGUCUUUCAGCUCCUUCAAGGACGACGUGACAGCAUGUAGGACCUUUCACAUACCACGCAGAUCAAUCAAUUACUCAAUCUAUUUAUCACUCAAUACAUCAUUUUGUGCCCGCCUCAAGUAUGUGUGUAUGUAUGUAAUGUAUGUAUGUGUGUGCAGUGUUGCAUCGAAUCGACGCCCGCCAGGUGGAGUCUGAGGCUCGCCAGAUGCAGAUAGAACAGCAGCUCCUUAAGAAUGGCCAGGAUGGCAAUCCUGUGUCAUAGGAUGUACA